UUCCUUCGUUUCACGCUAGAUGGCAAUAAACGUACCACAACAGUUGUUAACAGACGCAAAAACACGACCAGAGUAAAAAGUCGUCACUUGUAUUUACAAAUAAGUUGUAUUUUGCCUUCUGAAUAUAGUUGGAUUAUACGACAGGUGUUCUUUGAUUACAGUUACGCCUCCCCGUUCCCCUCAUUCCUCAAAGCUUGCACUUGUAAAGUUCACUGAAAUAAAACAAACUUUUAAACAAGUUUAAAGACAAAAUAAAGAGCUUUGUUUGUGUAAAUGCCUAUGUAAAUCCUUGAAACAGUCAUGAAGAGUGUGUAUUUGUGAUCUAUGAUAUAGUUAAGUGUUUUGUGUGUUCAAAUUUGUUCGAAACACCAAAGAUGUCGGAGUCAUCUUCAGCUAGUGGUAGUUCCCAAUCGGCUCCUCUCGUCUCAAUAAGUGAAGUUAGUGGAUUAUUCGAGUCUGCGAAGAAAUAUGAAGAGCUGAACGUUAUUGGCACGGGUGCCUAUGGAACCGUUUACAAAGCGAGAGACUUGCUCAAAGGCGGGCAGAUAGUUGCCAUGAAGAAAGUGAAGGUGGCAUUGACUGAGGAUGGGAUCCCGCUGUCCACGCUGCGGGAGAUAGCACUGCUGCAACAGCUAGGGGCUUAUAAACACCCCAACAUUGUCAGGUUGCUGGAUGUGUGUCAUGGAGGUCACUCCAUGGAACGGGAGCAGCUGGUUCUGUUCCUGGUCUUCGAGCAUGUGGAACAAGACCUGGACUCGUAUCUUAAGCGGGCUCCGGGACCAUUGUCAGAAAAUAGGAUCCGGAGCAUGUCCUACGACAUCCUCUCCGGCGUGGACUUCCUCCAUUCGCACCGCAUAGUCCACCGAGACCUGAAGCCACACAACCUUCUGGUAACAUCUGAAGGUCGUGUCAAACUUGCAGAUUUCGGCCUCGCAAAGACUUACGAUACUGAUAUGAAGCUCACCAGUGUGGUGGUAACCCUGUGGUACCGGCCUCCCGAGGUCCUCCUCGGAGUAUCCUACAACACCGGCGUGGAUGUGUGGUCCGCGGGCUGCGUACUCGCCCAGCUGCACUCCCGGGCCCCUCUUCUGCCUGGCGCGUCUGACUCUGAUCAGCUGCACUGUAUAUUCAGAUUAAUCGGGCGACCGCCCAGAGAAGAGUGGCCGGAAAACGUGUCCAUCGUAGCUGACAGCUUCCCAGAGUACCCCCCACAGGACCUGGCCGACGUGCUGCCCAGGAUACACCCCCACGCUCUGGACCUUAUACGUCGCAUGCUGGUGUUCGACCCGGCCAAGCGUCUGACGGCGCUGGACUGUCUGGAGCACCCUUACUUCACCGACGAGCCCCUCACGUAACAUCUAACACUGCACCAUUGCACUAAGCCACCCCACACUAGCGUCUUUUCAGCGUCGGCGAGUCAGCGCUAUGGAAGACGGCGACGCUGCGCUGUUGCGCCAACCACAGAUUUAAUAUAUACGCUAGAUGACGCAAAUACCACGAUUUGUAUUGAAACCAAGCGUGCCGACUUUUUCAUACAAAAUUUAUGCAUAAUAUAAUUUUGAAAUUACUUAUCUGUGAUAGGAAAUAUGUUCUUGCGUUUGGUUGCUCGCAAUUUUUGGGCUGUUGCAGUUAAUUAUCAUGCAACGAAGCAUUGUUUAAGUUUUCACGGACGUCCGGCUGCAACGACUGACGCGCGUGGACUGUAAAGAGCGACGGUCAACCUCGACGCUUGGUCGGGGUUCGGACACGCGAAGUAGAUGCAUUUGCGUCUUCUAUGGUAUAUUUAUUUUUGUGGCGCCAACGUUGCGUCGAGCGGCUGCCAUGACCGCGGGCCGGGAACAGAUGACCAAUUACCUCCCGGGCGAAAACUCGUAUAGUGAUUAACGGCUAUGUAUGAUGAAUCCUCGUGAACGUCAGCUGCCGCUCCGUUGGUGGAUUGAGGAAUGGCAGCAAAUAAAGUCAAAAAAAAAGUUUAGUCAUCGCCUCCCGCUUGAUACUUUGUCAAAUGAUAGUUUAGAUGCUAUUGUGAAUAAACAAAAUCGUCAGCCGAUUGUAUCGCUGUGGAAAGACCGUCAGCUGGUCACAUGAACAUUUAAAAAAGAAAAUUCUUUUCAGUCAUCGGCGUCAUCGCCUCCCAUUUGAUAGUUUAGAUGCUAUUGUUAAUAAAACAAAUUGUCGGCUGUCAAUAUGGCGCUAUUUCCAUAUAAUUUCAAUUUGAAUUAAACCUUAUCGACCAGCGACAAUGUGGUACCUUUUGGUUGAAAGCGUCACAUAUAUAGAGUUUAUGAUAUGUGUAUAAUAGAAAUGUUAAAACUUACUUUCGAAAUCAAAAUAGCAGUUUCCAUUUUCACGAGAUUUGAUAUGUAUGUUUCACUAUAACGUCGAAGCUGUUGUGCUAAUUUUGAUAAAUUAGGUAUCACUAUCCUCCUACCGCCUGAAGCCCUGAAAUUUGAACCUAUAGUGUAGAAAAUAGAGUUGAUUUUGCGUUAUUGGAAAAUUGAACGACACCAAGCAAAAGCGACUGUUCCAAUGAGGGCUAUCACAAUUAAUUUCGCCGCUAGGGGCGCUAGUGUAGAUGGAGGUCUUUCAACAUGUCAAAUGCAUAUAAGUUUUGAGGGUUUCAAGCAUUUUUUAGGAAGUUUUCACUCCUUAUUCAUAAUUGUGGUAAAUCUUUGUCCAUCUUUGAUUAAUCAUGGUAAACAAUAGAUAUAGCUAAUUAAAUGUUUAGGGUUUAAAAAAAGUGCCAAAUAAAAUAUAUGCAAAAUUAAAGGUCGAAAAAAUGGCACGUUUAGACGCUAAAAUACCUUUGUGUAUAUUAGAACGUAUUAAUUUUAUAAAAUUAAGCAAAGAAGAAUUUUGAGAUCUGUUGUUCUGGACCUACAUCUACAGUGGCGCCAAAACACACAAAAACGGUAGCCCUCAUUAAAUAGGAUUUAAAUGUCAUCGAACUGAAGAGGUACGGAAGGACCUUGACCCUUAGGCGGAUAUUCUUCAUCAGUUCUGGUGAUGUACGGAAUAUAUAAUUUUUUUUUCCAAACAAUAUUGGUAAUACCGUUCGUACGAUUUGAAAUGUUGAGCUUUACCUUAAUAAAAUAGUUUUAAGUUUGUUACGUUAAUGUUUUUUCAUGCAAAUUAAUGUAAUUUGAUAAGUACAUAAUUUUAGGUUAGAAUUUUUAAUAACUACAAUUGUUAUUUAAGUAUUUUUGAUACAACCGCAUUUUUAAUGUUAAGUAUUAAUUAAUGAUAAUAAUUAAUGAUCAAGAUAACUGUACAAGAAUAAAAUGUUCCUUUUUGAAUUGUCGCCAAAUAAAAUUAUUUUUGCAUGUCAA